GAGAGAGAGAGAGAGCGCGAGAAGGAGGGAGGGGGCGGGGGUGCAUGGACCUCACUGCCUAUGGGACCUGCAGGCACCCCGAUAGGGUUCUUGUUUAUUUUAGAACAAAAGGAACAGGGGGGAUUAUACAGGAAUAAAAGGCCCGGUGUGGGGUGCGGGACUGUGACGGGCCUCCCCGACACUUUGUCCGCCGCUACUUCGGGAAAACGGUGAUUGAAAAGCGGCGUGGCUUUGAACUCGAGUCCGGGGAUUUGACUGCGCUCCGGGCCUCCAGGCAGAAUUCUUGAUUAUCAAAUCAAAACAUGGCGACAAAAUGGACAUAAGGACUUUUCCAAACGCUAAGUUUGGAGCACGCGGUAGUGAAAGCAGGCCAAGGAUUACGAGCCGAACUCCACUGGACUGCAUACCGAAAAAGUUUUAAACAAGAAAAAAGUCAAAUCUUUGAGCAAAGAAGACGAGCGAGGAGCAGUGAUUUAUUCUUUUCUUUUUCUCGUGUUCCCUGAAGCAAAGGAGAUGAACAGUGUUAAGCAGAAGAGAAGUGUAAAGUGUUAAUCCUGAUGCACAAACAUUCAGAUCAUCAGUGGAACCUCACACCAUCCUGAUGAGGAGUUUCGCUGAUCGUUGUGUUUUGCUACACGAACAACAUCUUUAAUUAUACUGACAUAAAGAAAAACUCACCCAACCAUUGACUUCUUCACCAGAAUGAAGAAAAACUAAAACUGCACUUUUGGUUUCACUUUUAUUAUUUUUCCAGCACUUAGUCCAUUUCUUGGCUAAGAAAUCUUUGCUACUCAUGUGAUGACGAUUAUUUUUGCACAAGGACGCAUCUAGUGCCAAGCUGGAAUGACUACAGCGUGGAAAUUAUGACCCCAGUUUAUCUGAAUGGAUGUGACUGCUGCUAAGUUUGUCACCAUCACAUCCUUUGACUUUCACAUCAGGAGGUAUUUUUUGCCCCCUUUUCCUUUCAGACCGAUUCAACUGAUCUGUUGCUGCUGCAGUUGUGAUUUUCAUGUUUCAGCUCCAACCUGCUGUGCAACAUUUAAUUUUUUUUUUUUAAACACAUUUCCAGCAUUCCUUUAUGUUUUAGCUUUUUCUCCCUUCAAAAUAGUCUUAUUCUUCAGCAAUUGCUUACCAAAACACUAAAAAAUGCAGAACUUUUCCAACAGUUCUGCUACUCUGCCUCCAGGAUUUCCUAGCAGAGGUGGAAACUUGGUUGGUUCCCCAUAUCCACCCCACAUAUCAGAUCCUCAGAUAUCUCCAAGGACUAUUGAAGAUUAUGCUGCCAUGCAGCAAUCGCAAUCAAUCCUCCAAAGUCAUGGGCAGCACCCACACCUACGUGGGCAGCAGCACCCUGGACAAGCGUCCCAUAUCCAUGGCUACGGAUCCAGGCGAGUGGCCGGAGAGAUACCACAGGCUGCUGGAAGUGGUAGCAGCUCUUACCGAAAGGAAAGCAUGGAUUAUUAUUUUUCAGUGAGUGCUCGAGACAGGAACAGGAGAGGAGGAGGAGGUUUCGGAACAGGGUUUGGGUACUCUAAUAUGGAAUACCAAUACAGACAUGUUUCUGGGACUGGGCCAUCCUCUGGCAUGAUGUCCCCUUACCCUAUGGACUAUAGCGCAACUGCUGCUACCGGGAGUGGCAAUGGAAAUAGUACUAGCAGUGGUAGUGGUUCAUUUUCUCCCACCCAACAGUUUAGUAUGGCCCAGAAUGCACCAAUACAGCCGGUUUCAGGUGCUGAACUGCACCAGCGUCAACAUAGCCAAAAAUACCCCUCACACCCAGGGUUACAUCAAGGUCACCGGGCCUAUCCUCUGUCUGGACACAGAAUACCGUCUCACUUUGGGCACUACCCUCCUCUUAAUGUGCCCACAGCGUCAGUUGGAAUGUACAACUCUCCACCACAAAGGUAUGAAAUGAGCAGUGGAAACAUGGACUCCAAAAUCAACUCACCCACUCACUCCAAUCCAAACACCACUCCAGGUUCUGCAGCUUCAGCCAGCUCUGGGCAACAAGAGAAUCCAGGGCAGAACUACCCCUCUUCCAACCACCCCCCUUAUUCCCCCCAGUCCCAGCUCGUUUCCAAACAUGCCUCUCGUCGCACUCCUCAGCAUAAUCUUGGAGCAGCCUACGACACACCGUUGAAAAUGCAGCAUGCAGCUCCUGGCCUUGCACACCCGAAAAACCAUCAGUCCUCUGUGUCCUUAAGUCCUGCUGCACCACAGCAUGCCUCCCAGGACAUUUCUAAAUCUCCCAUGCAGUCCCAAAACCAGCAGAGUCAAAUUAAUCAAAAUUUCAGCCCAAUAUCAAAUUCAUCUCCUGUUCCAUCUGCUGUCCAUUCUCCAAGCUGCAGCUCCUCCUCCUCUCCACUAAUGGGUGUUUCAGAAGGCUUGGGCAGUUCCGCAUCAUUGCACUCCUCACUUUUAAACCCCCGUGGUAGUCACAGUCAUAUUCGGACCCAACAUACCAUGCCACAGCUGAGCCCAACUCCAAGUUCUAACAGCAGUAUUAGUAGUUGUGGUAGUGUUGUGAUCUCUGCUGUUAAUCAGAAUCGAAUGGGGGUGGGUCUACGUGGUGGACAGCGAGAAGAAACCUCAUCGUCCCUGUACCAACAGGACAAGCUUUCACAAGACCCUGGACUGAAUAGUCUAAAUGCCCUCACAUCUCAAGUGGCUAAUUUGCCCAACACAGUACAACAUACAAUACUAACAGACACUGUACUCUCUCAGAAGAAAAGAAGAGAUAGUACACAUCAGCCUCUCCUGCAGCAGAUAGCUAGCAAUCAGCAGAAACAUAGAAAUGCUAGUGUGGCUGGUCGAAGCACAGUAAAUGAAGAAAGUGGAGAUGUUUUGGCAUCUGAGUCAGAGGAGGCAAGUAAGAAUAACAGUGACCAUUCCGAACAUGAAAAAGCCAGACAACCUGAUGGAGCUGAAUCCAAACCCACUAGCUACUAUUCAGCAACUGCAAAUCAGGCACAGACAGGACAAAGCCUUUCUGGUCACCAUUUACAAAUGGAUGACCGGGCCAUAGAGGGUUCUGCCAAGAAAUCGUUAAGUCAGGCUGCAAAACCUUUUUCACAGAUUAAGGCACCAGAAACCCAAACAUCGUCCUCCUCGUCUCCACCCUGUGUUCCUCCAGAACCAAGCCCAAAUGCAUCAUCUUGUGCACCUGCUCCCUCAGGCUCAUCAUCUGCUGCAUCAUCUCCUACUCACUCUGUACGAUCGAAUAGUGUAACUGAACCUGACUUUAGUCACAGUGAUGAAAAACCUGAACUGAAGGAGAAAAAGUCUGCAAAUAUGAAAGAUGAGAAAACCACAGUUAAACACGAAGAGGCUUCACAUCAAGAACUGGACAAUGGAAAAACUACUCACACUUUGGCCAGUGUAAAGGUGGAACAAUCAGGCCCAUCUGAACAGAGUGAGAAUGAAAAGGAUGACAAGAAAACCAGCUCACAGCAUUUUCUCAGUAGAACCAUAAACACCCCAGAACAGUCCAAUGCUGGAGUUGGAGUUAUUGUUUCUGUGCGUUCUGAACAAAGUCCUGAGGCUCUUAAGCAAACAGAGGUUCCAUCUCACCAUGGCACUUCAUCGGACAUGGGCAAGCUUGGCUAUCCUGAGGAGAAACAUUCCAUAAACAUGUUUAGGGAUUCUGGGAGUCACAAUGGAGAUGGCGAAAUUGGUAUAGAAACAUUCACAGCACACUAUGACGUUACCCCAAAAACUGAGUUUGGGCAAAAUGUGGCCUCAAAUAACUGUCAAGUCGGUACUUACAAAUACUGCAGUCCUGAGAUGCCGUACAGUGCUUGCAUGGGUGCAAAGAUCAAGGUACGUGCUGGACCAGGGAGUGGAAUGAGUGUAAACCGAUAUCAAGACUACCCUCAGUCACAGUCUAAUUUCAGUUAUACGUCUAGAAAGGAUGUUGCUGUUUUAGGAAUGAUGGCAAAAAGUGGUGUAGGUUCAAGAGGCCAUGAUGGGAAUUCACAGUUGCAGCAACCAUAUCCCAGUCUUUUACAAGAAGUCCUCCAAGGGUACCAUUUGGAUCGGCGCUAUUGCCGUCCUGAACAAACAUCUGGUAGCCAUCAUCAACCUCAAAAUAUGUCCCAGCAUCAUUACCACACUAGACCUCCCUAUCGUAUGACAGAAAACAUGAGGCUACAUGGGAUGAACCAAUCAGCAAUGGGUGGUAUUCAGCAAUUGGUUACAGGAAAGCAUCACUCUCAAAAUCAUGGACCAGACCAUGAGAUCGCCCUUGGUGUUCUCCAUUCUUCUUGGGAUUCUGAAGCACAAAGGCCUAAGGGGGAUCAAGGUAUCUCAUCAGAGAAGGGCACAAUAACAGUGUCUCCCAGCCAUUCCACCAGUAUACAGCCAUCUUUGGAUCCUUCCACAGUAACUCCUCCUAAGCACAUUAAUUUGGCAGACUAUUCCUUGCCCCACAGAAAAACCCCAAGUCUGGCUACUCCACCAUCUGCUGUUCAGCAGUUGCUUUUACAAGAUUCUGACCAAGAAUUGUCUCGUAAUGCAGAUUCUAUAAAUCAGACACAAUCUCAGAUGUCGCUAUCUUCAGAAAGGCGCUCAGUGAUCUGUGACGUGUCUCCCUCACAACGGACCACUUUAGAGAAAGAAAGAAGUCAUUGUGGGACGUCUGGAUCCUCAGUUAUUCAGCACCCACUCUCGUCCUCUGUAUUAAGUGAGCAAGGUAAGGAGGAUGUGCCUGAUAAAGAGCAUGAUUUAGAAAAAGCACCCAAGAUAAUUGCAAAAGAACUUGGAAAACAACUUGGAGAUGGGCACAGUUCAGUUUUAACUAAGGAAGAACCUAGCAAGUCCUUACAUGCACCAAUGGAAGGGAAUUCUGAUUUGCAUAGACAAAGUGGUGGAAAAGGGAUUAUUGAUUCCUCCAGCAAUGCCUUAUAUCACUCAAAAAUUCCCUCCAAUCCCCUUUCAUCACCCCCCAGAUGCAAGCCUUAUUCCCAGACUGUUGAUGGAUCCUCUGCAAGCUUUCCUGCUUAUGUUUUUAGUGAUGCUGCCGAUGGACCCAAAAGGAAUACUCCUCAUCCCUCUCCCAGUUCAUUCCAUUCAUUAGCAUCUCCAAGUCACGGUCCACUUUCAGUUAACAAAUUACAAGCAUAUUCUCACCACGCUCCUCUUCAGCACACCCAUGGAAUUAGUGAACGAUUUGACUGGCCAGCCAGCAGUAAUAGACAUAAAGAUAUUUCCAUCCAUCACAACUCUACUCAAAACCCUGACCAGAAGAUAUCAAGACAACACUCAUACCCUGGUUCUCACUACGAUAUGAAAAUAUGGGAGUCUUAUGCUGAAAGAGAAGCAACUGGAAACCCGCAGCUACACUCUUUGGUUCCUCACAAGUCUAUUAUCUCUGUACCAACCAGUGGUCCCAAGCCCCUGGAGCCCGAUGUCUCCCGAGGGAUUACAGAAGAUUCAGCAAAGUCGUUCCUUCCACCUGCAUCUGCUAUUUCAGGUGGUUCAGGCAGUAGCAUUACGGCAAGUGUUCCUCAAGGACAUCGGCAGAGCAAAACAGGGGGCUCAGCAGAAACCAAUCCAUUAAUGAUGAGGAGGAGAGUUCGCUCUUUCAUUUCUCCAAUUCCUGCCAAGAGGCAGCAUCAGGAUUUUUCAGGAAACAGGCCUGUGUCAUCUCAUCACUCUCCGCUAGCUGAAUCUAGACCCCUAAAUGACAGUGAUUCAAGCAGUGUAGACUCUCGUCCUAAACUAGCUUCUCCCACCACACCGUUUCAAACUCCAAGUGCUAACUCACCCCCACUGGCAAAAACAAAGUUUUUACCUCCAAGAAAAGGACGGGGAUUAAAACUGGAAGCAAUUGUUCAAAAAAUCACUCCAAAUAAAAAAGCUAGUUUCAGUAAUAGCCAUUUAGACGCUGAUUAUUCCGAUCUCUCACGUUACAGUUCUGAUAUACCUGACCCAGAAAUUGGAGCACCUUCCAAAAUGCACCUCACAGAGAAGGUUCUUGUCUCUUACCUUGAUGAAGCUCAAACAUUAGAUGACCUUUUGCCCUACAGAGCAGAAGAUGCAUAUUCAUGUGAUUCUCAAGUUCUCAAACAGGUUGUGACUGGGUCUUCUGGUACAAGCUUGAGAAGUUUGCCAACCGACUUUGACUUUGGGUUAGGCACUGCUGGAUCUUCAGGGCCUGGGACAGAUGAUCACGAUAAGGAUGAGUUUACACUUUUGGGGCCCCUUCCCCCAGCACCUCCUUUGCCUCGGCCUGUGCAAGGUUCCCCUCCUCCAUCCUCAUCUGCUUUGUCCGAUAUACAACAAUUCACUAACACCUACCAGCAGCUGGAGACGAGACGAGGAGAGCAGUCUGCUGCUAACCUACUGAGGCAGAAGCUUCAGGAGACUGGCAUGGGUUUUGAUGAUUAUCCUGGAGGAGAUUUCUAUGGAACAACCCCACCCCAUGGCCAAAGUUCAGGACACCACUUGCUCUCCAGACCUUCACAGUGUGAGUUAGCCUCACCAAGAAUGACCAACUCAGACUCCAAACAUCAAGAAAACUUUGUUCCCAAAGGUUAUUUUCCUUCAGGCAAAAAGAAGGGACGACCAGUUGGAAGUGUAAAUAAACAAAAACGUGCUCAAGUGCAAUGUUCCACUUCAAAUAUAACGUCAGCUCCUCAUACUCCUCCAGCUGGUUCUCUUGCUGUUACACCUCAGCCUGCAUCGAAUUCCAGCAUGGCAGGAGAAGCAAUCACCUCAACUUUACCUGAACAAAAACCUUGUCCCCCUCUGGAGAUUGCUAUUCAGAGCCAACCAGUAAAGGUGGAGCUAGAGGGAGAGGACAUCCAGCCUGAGAUGGAUAUAAAACCAAUAAAACACAGGCAGAGAAAGGGAAAAGAGGGGAAUGAAGGACCUGUCUCAAAAAGCAAACAGUGGAGGAAAAGUAGAGGAAUGACCUCUAAAGAAGAGCUGGAUCCUCAGACUGUUGCAGGGGGAAAUGCAGGCACAUUACAAGACAAUAGGAAAAAUGGUUUCUCACCAUACGUACAUGUUGAGAGAAAGAUAACCGAGAUUGGAGCUGUUUGUACAGUCGUUAAUUCCGAAGAUGAGAAAUUGAAAGGCAAGAAUGGAGCUUCUGUGGUUGAUUGUGCCUCAAAUGUUUCUCUGGUAUCUCAGAUGGUCAGAAAAGAGAGGGAAAUUGAGAAGAUGCAAGAAAAAGGGAUUGAUCAGCCGAAUGAUCCGGUCAUGCAGACUGGAAAGUCUAUUCCUACAUCUGGAUACGUCCUCCAAGGUCCUGUGAUGUCCGAGACUGGACAUGCUGGGCGUUUGUUGUGUUGCCUUUGCCAGAAAUGGGCAAAUUACAAGAAUCUUGGAGAUCUCUAUGGUCCCUUCUACCCAGCUGAUUAUGCUGCCAAAUUUCCCAAGAACCAACCACAAAUGCGACAGAACUUGUCGAACACUGGGGCAACCAAUGCAGGGUCUAAUCCUUCUUCUGUAUCAACAGAAUUAACUGUUCCAGACAUUCAGUCUGUAUAUAUUCCAGACAUCAAUUUAGCAGACACCAGUUGUUCAGUGAAUCAAGCUACAAACCCGGUAUCCCCUGCAGUAAGUGAAACCCUGCCGUGCCUCAGUACCACCUCCAAGGCACCCGAGCAAAAUUGGAAUCUGGUGCCAGAAGGGGCGCUCAUUUCAUUAGAUCCACCCGAACUAGAGAACGAGCUGAUCCAGAUAAGGCAGCAGAAACCAGAUGAUGUUCAGCAGCGACCGCAGCAUCGCAAGCUAACUUCCCAUCCACGUUUCAAGCGGAGACACAAAUCUAGUGAGGACUUGCCCCGCACGAUUCUGAUCAACAGCAAAGCUUCACUGCCUUUCCAACCUCCACCACCCAGCCUUGAUUCCAUGGGACCUUUGGCUCAGCUUGCUCAGCUCCCUGUGGUGCCCUUAGAUCCAAAGGAGCUCUGGGUACAUGAGAGCUGCAUUGUCUGGACUAGUGGGGUUUACCUGGUCAACGGAAGAUUGUAUGGCCUCCAGGAGGCACUUGAUGGUGCCAGAGAUACAAGCUGUUCUCAUUGUGAAAUGCCUGGUUCCACUCUGGGUUGCUAUAGUAAAGGCUGCACACUGAGGUAUCAUUUUCUGUGUGCUGUGGAGGCAGACUGCUGUCUAAACGAAGAUAAUUUCUCCUUGAGGUGUCCAAAGCACAAGUUUCCACAGAUCAGUAGGCCAGUCAAACCUGCAGCUGUACACCAGGAGCAGUCAGAGCGAGGCUGAAGACACACUACACACAAUCAUCACAAUACGGUGAGCGUGACCGAGCAGAAGGAUCGAGACCAGCGCUUUUCUUAAUUUCCAGAUCAUCUGACCCGAAUGUACAAAAAACUAUAAACUUUCUCUAAAGAAGCGAAAGAAAAACCCAGUGGUGAGAAACGCAAAGCCGUUGUGUUCACACUCUGCGUGUAUCAUGGGAGAGACGUGAGGAACCAUCAACUCAUCACUACAGCAGAAGGACAGAAAUAAAGAACAGAAGACAGAUGGAAAAAAAGAAACGCAAAUUUUUCCGUAUGAUUUGAAUUCUGUUUAAAGCUCGUUCCUUUUCUUUCUGUUAUUCAGCAGUGUUUCUGGGAACAACAAGCCCACGUGUAUUAUUAUUAUUAUUAUUAUUAUUAUUAUUAUUAUUCAGUUCAUUACUUUUUACCUGUUUUGAUUUUAUAGCAGUAUUUUACUCCUCAUUUAUGCCUCCGUUACGGCGUCAUUCCUUCACACAGACCAGAUCUUGUUGCCACGGAGACAUUGUUGCCGUGGAGAACGGACAUUUAUUGCCUUUGAAGGUGUGUGUGUGUGUGUGUGUGUGUGUGUGUGUGUGUGUGGCGAUGACGUGCCUGUGUUGUUUCGUUUUUGUCUGGAAUUGCGCCCUGUUCCCUACAUAGUGCACUAUUAUUCUUUCUUUUUUUUCUGUUGCCAUUUUGUAGUCUGAAUGCAAAGCGGAGAAAAUCCAGAGCUCCCACAAUGCACUGCAGGAGGGGUGGGGACACGGUGUGUUGGAAGGAGAUUCGGGGGUUAAAGCACCAUUUCAGACUCAAGGGGAAAAAAUAUGAGGUUAAUUUUCCGCAAGAGUAAAGACGUGUGUGUGUGUGUGUGUGUGUGUGUGUGUGUGUGUGUGUGUGUGUGUGUGUGUGUGUGUGCGCCAGAAACUCCUCCAUCAGAAAUAAAAUUGUUCGUUGCCAUAGAGAUAAGGAUGAAAAGGUACAUUUCAUUUCCACCUGCUCAUUUUUUAUUCUUGUAAAAAUCGAAAUCAUGGAGAAAAAAAUGAAUAUGAAACAUGUUGUACUACAAAACUGUUGAUAUGUAUAUGCUUCAUCAAUACAGGAAGUCCUGAAAACUCA